GAGGAGGGCGCAGCGCUGGCGGCUCUGCAGCAGCAGAAGAAGACGAGGAGGGUGACUCCGCAGAGUUCUGAGCGGUUCUGACCCAGUUCCGCUCGUCUGCUGCUGCUGUUCGUUCCCGGAGUUCGGCUCACGUGACCUGGCCGAGAUGGGCCGGAAGGUGACGGUGGCCACGUGCGCGCUGAACCAGUGGGUUCUGGACUUUGAGGGAAACACGGAGCGAAUCCUGAGGAGCAUCGAGGCGGCUAAAGCUCGUGGAGCCAGAUACAGACUGGGCCCAGAGCUGGAGAUCUGUGGUUACGGGUGUGCGGACCAUUUCUACGAGUCGGACACGCUGCUGCACAGCUUCCAGGCCCUGAAGAUUCUCCUGGAGGCCGACGGCACUCAGGACAUCAUCUGUGACGUCGGCAUGCCCGUCAUGCAUCACAACGUGCGCUACAACUGCCGGGUCCUCUUCCUGAACAGGAAGAUCCUGCUGAUCAGACCCAAGAUGAUGAUGGCCAACUCUGGGAUCUACAGGGAGCUGCGCUGGUUCUCCCCGUGGACCCGGCCCAGGCAUGUGGAGGACUACUUCCUGCCCCGGAUGAUCCAGGAGGUCACAGGACAGGACACCGUCCCCUUUGGAGACUGUGUGCUGUCCACUAAGGAUACCUGCAUCGGAACCGAGAUCUGUGCAGAACUCUGGAACCCCAACAGUCCUCACAUCCACAUGGCGCUGGACGGCGUGGAGAUCUUCACCAACUCCUCAGCCAGUCACCAUGAGCUCCGCAAAGCGGACCAGAGAGUCCACCUGAUUCGCUCCGCCACCACCAAGAGCGGGGGCAUCUACCUUUACGCCAACCAGCGAGGCUGCGACGGGGACCGGGUCUACUAUGACGGCUGCGCCAUGGUGGCGGUGAACGGGGACGUGGUCGCUCGGGGCGACCAGUUUUCCCUGGAGGACGUGGAAGUAGUCACGGCCACGCUGGACCUGGAGGACGUCCGCAGCUACAGAGGAGAGCUCCUCCAGCCCGCCAUGAGAAGCGAGGACCAAGUGUGCGUCCGGGUCAAAGUGGACUUCUCCCUGUCCAGCAGCGACGUCUUCCUGCCGACCCAGCAGCCCCUGCAGUGGCGGUUCCACACGCCGGAGGAGGAGAUCAGCUUGGGUCCGGCCUGCUGGCUCUGGGAUUACCUGCGCAGGAGCGGACAGGCGGGGUUCCUGCUGCCUCUGAGCGGCGGCGUGGACAGCUCCUCCACCGCCUGCAUCGUGCACAGCAUGUGCACGCUGGUCUGCCGCGCGGCGGCGGAUGGAAACCUGCAGGUUCUGGAGGACGUCCGGCGGGUCGUGGGCGACGCGGCGUACGACCCCCAGGACCCCAGGGAGCUGUGUGGGCGGGUCUUCACUACGUGCUACAUGGCGAGCGAGAACUCCUCAGAAAACACGCGCGGCAGAGCCAGAGAGCUGGCGGCCCAGAUCGGCAGCACACACCUGAACAUCAACAUCGACGCCGCGGUGAAAGGCAUUCUGGGAAUCUUCUCGGCUGUGACGGGAUGCUGGCCUCGCUUCCGUGUCAGCGGGGGGAGCCACAGGGAGAACCUGGCUCUGCAGAAUGUGCAGGCCCGAGUCAGGAUGGUGCUAGCUUACCUGUUUGCCCAGCUAAGCCUGUGGGCCCGCGGGAGACCCGGAGGUCUGCUGGUUCUGGGUUCUGCCAACGUGGAUGAGAGUCUGACGGGAUAUUUCACCAAGUACGACUGCUCCAGCGCCGACAUCAACCCCAUCGGCGGCGUCAGUAAGACGGACCUGCGGGGCUUCCUGCGGUACUGUGCAGAACACUUCCAGCUCAGUGCUUUGGGAGGCAUCCUAGAGGCUCCGCCCACCGCUGAGCUGGAGCCGCUAAAGGAUGGACAGGUGUCCCAGACGGACGAGGCCGACAUGGGGAUGACGUACUCGGAGCUGUCUGUGAUCGGACGUCUGAGGAAGAUCUCCAAAUGUGGCCCGUUCAGCAUGUUCUGUAAGCUGAUCCAGGCCUGGAAGGACGUCCUGUCCCCGUCAGAGGUGGCUCUAAAGGUCAAACGCUUCUUCAGGAUGUACUCUGUGAACCGCCACAAGAUGACCACGGUGACGCCGUCUUAUCACGCCGAGAGCUACAGUCCUGAUGACAACCGCUUCGACCUGCGACCGUUCCUCUAUGACCCCCGCUGGAGGUGGCAGUUCAGGUGCAUCGACGACCAGGUGUCACAGUUGGAACCGAAGGCUGAGCAGUGAGUCUGACACUCGUAUCAUCGACUGGAGUUCCGUCUUCCUAACUGCACCUGAACGCAUCAUUCUCUGUAUUGAGUCUCUGAACUGAAUCUGCAUGUAUUCAGAACAAGAACCUGUAAUAUUAUCAGACAAUCCUGUAGAACCAAAGAUCUGAUCACAUGAUUGUUAGGGGGAGGGGCUCUACAAUAAAAGACUUUUAAUGUGAAGGUC